AUGAGAUUUAUAUUUUUUGCUAUUAUUUUUUUCGAAGCCGUCUUGGCGUUUGAUGUGCCAUUAUUUUCGACAUCGAGCAGCAAAGGAAAAAGAAAUGGCAGUAUAGUUCAAGACCCAGUGGCUCCAAUUUAUAAAUUUGGCAUCACUUAUUACUGGGCGGGACACUACAAAAGUAAACAUGGCAUUCAGAAUAAGUGCGUUUUCCUGAAAAGUGAUCCAGACUGGCCAUUUCCCGAAAGCACUUUCUCCAAUGGAACGGCAGUGUAUGGAGUGGAAUUCGGUUGCAAAAAAGAUGAUCUAUGCAGAAAGUAUCACUGUGAUCGACCAUUUCAAACUGGAUUCAUUUGGUGCGCAUUUCUCAUUCUGUCAUCUGUUAUUUCGGUUGGAAUCAUUGUUCGCUACAUUAUUAUGCAACGGCAAAAUGAACUGAGACCCACGCGAGACACUGAACUAGGAUCGAUUUAUAUUCCAGUUCUUAUGAUUAAUGGGGAUGUCAGUAGAGCUGAGGAAACUCCAAGGGAGGGAUAAUUCAUUUUUGAUUUGGUUCGAUUUUUUCUUGUAAUGAAACAUGAUUUAGUAGUUGUAUAAAUGCUCUUU